ACAAAGGCGAUUCUUGGUGGGAAUCGAAAAUUAUUUUAAAUUCCGCUGUGCAUGUAUAAGUAGAUUCCCAACGCUUAACAUGUUAUGGGUUGCUGAGGGAUUUAUAAAGCUAAUUGCACAUAAUAAUUUGGAGGAAGUGGCAAAGAAGUAUUUGGAAGAACUUAUUGAUAGAAAUGUAAUUAUGGUUCAUUACCGGAUUUACACUGGUGAAAUCAUAACCUGCAGCAUCCAUGACAUAAUGAGAGAACUGUGCGUGAGGAAAGCUCAGGAGGAAAAGUUUCUUUACAUUACCGAUCAAAAAGUUGAGAUUUCUCUGGAAGUCAUGAAAAAUCAGUGUCAUCUAAGUAUUCAUCGAAAAAUGCAGUAUGACAUAUCAGACAUAUAUGACUCAACUAUCCGUUCGCUUCUAUACUUCACAGAUAGUCUAUUGCCAAAUUCUCUAUGUUUUCAGCUGCUCAAGGUGUUGGAAGCAGGCGAUAUAAAUUUCUCUGAGUUUCCAAUUGAAAUAGUAAAACUUGUUAAUUUAAGGUAUAUUGCUUUGUCCUACACAGGGAUAUUCAAGAUUCCUGCCUCAAUAGCUAAACUUUGCAAUCUUCAGACCUUGAUUGUUUUUCGAAAUUUUAAGGGUAAAAUAUUGUUACCAGAGGAACUCUUGAAGAUGCCACGGUUAAGGCAUCUCUUGUUCGAUGAAGCUUUCUUGCUCUGUUCUCAUGGUCCACAAAAUGCGAACCUACAAACACUUUCUGGUGUAAUAGAUUUCGGAUUCACUCAGGAGGCCCUUCAAAUAAUUCCAAACCUGAGGACGUUGGGAAUUUCUUACUAUUGUGACCGUGAAACUGGGUUGUCAUUAUAUUGUCUUGAGAAUUUAGUCCUCUGCUUGAACAACUUGAAAGUCUUAAGUGCAAUUUCUGGAGACAUAUUCCUCUGCUUCAGAACCUUGCUUUCCCACCAAAUCUGAAGAAGUUAACUUUGAGUGGUUGUAGAAUUUCUUGGCAUAAUAUGUCUCUUGUUGGUUCUCUUCACAAUCUUGAAAUUCUCAAACUAAAACACGUUGUCUUUGAAAGCACUUCAUGGAAAGCAAAAGAAGGGGAAUUUUCUCGAUUAAAAUUCCUGCUUGUUGACAGGAAUUUAUUGGAAUUCAGGGAAGCCGAGGCAGCACAUUUCCCAAGCCUUCAGAUCCUAUGUCUUAGGCAUUGCCCCUUUUUAAAUUGCAUCCCUUCUGAAAUUGGAGAAAUUCCAAGUCUUCAGUUAAUCAUCUUGUAUGAAUGUCGGUUAUCUGUUGUUAUUGCGGCACAUUCAAUGCUAGAGGAGCAACAAGAGUUGGGAAACGAUGACCUUGAGGUUCAUGCCUUUUCAUAUUCAGAUGGAAAAACUUACCAUGGCAUCUCCAAUCGUAAGAUGUAUGCAGCACGCCAGAAACGCAUCAUAGAGUACAAACUCUGGAGUUAUGCAGAUUAUGAGAGAGACUUUGAAGUAAAACGUCAGAUGCCUUCAAAACGAUUUUGGAGGAAAGCUAAUAUGAUGCAAAAGGAAUUAGACUUUAUGGCAAAGUGAGAUCGGUGCAAGCAAAAAAGGGCAACUUCUCGAUUUCGAGUUCAGUGGAUGCACAUUGACGUGGCAGGUCUGGCUUGGAAUGAUAAGAAUAAAAGAGAACCAACCACACCCCACAACUUUUUAAUACGGAAGAGCACUGUCGAGGAAUCAGAGGCAAUUUCCUCUGGUGAUCAAGAGCCCAUGUGGAGUAGCAUUUGAAGCGGCGGCUGUUAAACUAAUAUGAUCAUCAACUUAGAUAGAAACUUAAAAAUAAUCAGAUUAUUGUUUUAUUAGGUAAAACUAAUAACAUACAUAUAUACGCAUAGGCACACCUGCCUUAUUAUUUAGCUUUGUAUUUUCUUUGCUA